AUGCGUUUGCCCGACAACAAUGCAGGAAAUACGAGCAGCUCCAAGGCCAUGAGCUCGAGUCCCGGCGGGAAUGCGAACAGCGCAGAGGCACGAGGACAGCUGCUCUCGCAUCCGAAGGCAGGCGCCACUUUUGUCCUCGCCUCAGUCCGCCGUCGGACGAAAGAAAGGACUGAAGAUGAGCAAAAUAAUGCCUAUAAAUUGAGGUUUGCAGUGAUUUUGACUCUUUCGACAGUCAAGUCGCUGCUGAGAGAGCAACAGUAG